CGUUGGUAAUAACGUCUGUAUCCAUGGUGCAGUCGGAUUCAUGAAGUAACGAAGAAUGGGAACACUAACUGUUUAUUUAAUAAGCAUUUGUUUCUAUAUUUCAGUUUGUGUGGCCUCAGCGUCAGAACACGGCAAACAAAAUGCACAAAAAGACAAUCCAAUCGAUAAAGAACCCCUAAAAUUGGAGGAACCUGAAGACGACGACGACAGUGGCGCAGCCGACGAUGUGCCACCGAGAAAUCGGCGAGUGCUACAAUCAAGUGAUAUAUUAACUCCGCCAGAACUACUACCAUUAGCCAAAAGACUGAUAGCAAAAGUUGACACUGUUAAACCAGGAGAAGGCAAAGGAAUCGUAAGCUCGGCGCGAAGUGCGGAAACUUUGGCAGACAGUUUAUUUCAUAGAUUUUUUAUGACAGAUCGCCGCAUUGCGAGGUUAAGAAAAUUGGAUAUUGCUGGUCUUGAUGCCCUUCAGGCGUUAGCCCUGGACGGAGCAGGAAUUCACAAGAACCUGAAACUAGUGAGCGUCGAUGGCGGUCGAUGUUAUGUGGAUGAGUUUGCCAAACACGGCGCUGUCCAUAACAGCAUGUGUUACCCUAAUCAGCCUGGACACAGAAAGAGCAUAUACAACUUAUUGAGUAAACCAAUCAAACCAGAUUUAAUGAAAGAAAACGAUCGCAUUAAUAGAAGACAAAGACAAUCUGGCGUGCCUCAAAGUCGAAUUAAAUUAAUGAGUAAACUUCAGAAAAAGAGACAAAUAGUAGUAAAUGCUGGACGUAAACAUAAUGAACACCAGAAUAAGAAAGCCGAGUCAAUGAUUAGAGGAGAAACUAAAGGCCCUAAUAAUGAAAAAGAUAAUGGACAACUUAACGUGGCCACUUCCAAACCCCAUGACACAGUUAGCAAAAAAGCACACUUAAAGGGCUGUCGUUGGAGAUUUGAAUGUUUAACUCCACGGAACCUGGACACCUGCCGACUAAAGACAUCUUGUCCCGGCAAUGAGGAAGACACAGACAAAAACCUUGAACAAGAGAAAUUACAACAGCAAUUUCGAAAAAUGAUUGGUAUCUCGUCCGUGGAUGAAGAGGUGGAAAAAAUAUUGGAAGUCCGAGCGUUAAGCUUACGUCGUAUGAUGAGUUUUAAACAAGGUGGCCCCUUCGGCCCCGUAGAAACCUUGUCUCAAUACUUUACAAAACUAAUUAUGAAGAAAGAAGCUGCGAUAAAGAAACGAGAUGAACCUAGCAAAUACAAAAACAUGGCAUAAUCGAAAUCCAUUACAACACCGGUAGAAGGCAAAUUUCAUAAUAAGGUACCCCGUUGACCACACUCCCGCGCUAAACAUAACCGAUUUGGAGAACACAGCAUUAGAAAGCCGAUAAAAACACAUUUGAGGAUUUAAAUAAUACACUCAUGAAAAUUU